ACGUGUGUAGGCGUGGCUCGUUUAUGGGUGGAGCUAGGACACAUGGCAGCAAUGAGUGAUAGAAUUCAGAUUGUAGAACCAGAAGCAAAGAAGCCAAAGACAUCUUCAGAGCUAUCAAGCCUAUCCAGUGACAUGGAGGAAGAGAAGAGAGAGGUGGGCGGGGCUGAAUGUGAUGGAGACUUAACAAGCAAGGACUACUACUUUGACUCUUAUUCGCAUUUUGGCAUACACGAGGAAAUGUUAAAGGAUGAGAUUCGUACUUUAACGUACCGGAAUGCAAUGUAUCACAACAGACACUUGUUUAAAGGGAAGGUGAUUCUUGAUGUGGGGUGUGGCACUGGAAUACUGAGCAUGUUUGCUGUACGGGCAGGAGCUAAGCACGUUUAUGGAGUGGAUUGUUCUAAUAUUAUUAAUCAAGCUCGUGAUAUUAUUCGUGACAAUGGGAUGACCGAUCGGGUUACAUUGAUAAAAGGGAAAAUGGAAGAGAUCGAGUUACCAAUCAAACAUGUUGAUGUAAUCGUGUCAGAAUGGAUGGGAUACUGCCUCUUUUAUGAGAGCAUGUUAGACACUGUUAUAUUCGCUAGGGACAAGUUCCUGAAACCUGGUGGAUUAUUGUUUCCUGAUAGAGCAUCACUUUAUGUGACUGCCAUUGAAGACAGGAAGUAUAAAGAUGAUAAGAUAUACUGGUGGGAGUCAGUUUAUGGUUUUAACAUGAGCAGCAUCAGGGACAUUGCACUGAAGGAGCCAUUGGUUGAUGUAGUGGACAAUAGACAGGUUUGCUGUGAUCACUGUCUUGUGAAAGAGAUUGAUCUUAAUACAGUCAAAUCUGAAGAUUUAUCAUUUUCAUCUCCGUACAUAUUGACAGCAACCCAUAACGAUUAUCUUGAUGCUCUGGUAGCCUAUUUUACUGUGGACUUCACCAAAUGUCACAAACGUACCACCAUUACCACCUCCCCUGCCGCUCGCUAUACUCACUGGAAGCAGACUGUGUUUUAUAUUGAGGACUGUCUCACUGUUAAAAUGGGAGAGCAAUUGUCUGGUACAAUUACUGUCGGAAAGAAUCCCAAAAAUAAGCGUGAUCUUGAUUUUGUGAUCACUUUUGAUUUUGACGGUGAGUUAAUGGAAUACCACAAGAGGCAAGACUACCACAUGAGAUGAGGAA